GGGGAUAUUUGUGCAACGUAUAACUCAAAAACCUACCAGGAUCUCAUUGAUUUGCUACACAAAGCUCAGAAAUGUGGGCCUACGAGUUUAUUUUGAGAACACCGAGUUCUCCUUGAACGAGUCCAGACCUGACCUUUAAUUCAGCCAGCUCCUCCGCCAUGUAUCCAGUGUCGGCGCAACACAACAGCGGCAGCCUUAGCUUCCACAUCCUCGGUGCCCUUCUCUGUCCGCUGCGCCUCUCGCGAGUUUAUGUCCCCUGCCAUGCCCCGGGCCACCUCACUGCUGCCCGCCCUGCUGUGCGUUCUCCUGCCUGGACCGAGCCGGGGGUAUUUCCCCGAGGAGCGCUGGAGCCCCGAGUCUCCGCUCCUCGCCCCCCGGGUCGUCGUCGCGCUGGUCUGCCGCAACUCGGCGCACUCACUGCCGCUGUUCCUCGGAGCUCUGGAGCGCCUCAACUACCCGAAGGAACGCAUUGCGCUGUGGGUGGCGACUGAUCACAACACAGAUAACACCACAGCCAUCCUCAGAGACUGGCUUGUGAAGGUGCAGAAUGACUAUCACUAUGUGGAGUGGAGACCUGAUGAUGAAACCAGUGCCUUUGAAGACGAGGUGGGGCCUAAGCACUGGAAUAAUCUGCGUUACGAACACGUAAUGAAGCUCCGUCAGGCCGCGCUGGAGACCGCCCGUGAAAUCUGGGCCGACUACCUGCUGGUGGCUGACUGUGACAACCUGCUCACCAACACGGACAUGUUAUGGAAGCUGAUGAGUGAGAACAAGACCAUUGUAGCGCCCAUGCUGGAGUCCAGAGCUGCAUACUCCAACUUCUGGUGCGGCAUGACUUCACAGGGCUACUACAAGCGUACUCCAGCCUACAUACCUAUCCGUAAGCAGGAGCGUCGUGGCUGUUUCGCCGUGCCGAUGGUUCACUCCACCUACCUGCUGGACCUGCAGAAAGAGGCCUCCCGGCAGCUGGCCUUUUAUCCCCCACACCCCGAGUACAACUGGGCCCUGGAUGAUGUCAUCGUCUUGGCCUACUCUGCUCGCAUGGCAGAUGUGCAGAUGUAUGUCUGCAACAAAGAGGCUUAUGGCUAUUUCCCAGUGCCGAUGCAUUCCCAUGGCACCCUGCAGGAUGAGGAGGAGAGCUUCUUGCAUACUCAGCUGGAGGUCAUGGUGAAAAACCCUCCCUUGGAGCCCUCCAGCUUCCUGUCUCUUCCUCCCAAGCAGCCUAACAAGAUGGGCUUUGAUGAGGUGUUCAUGAUCAAUCUGGUGAGGAGAUCUGACCGUCGCGAGCGAAUGCUAAGAACUCUGCACGAGCAGGAGAUCAGCUGUAAGGUUGUUGCCGCUGUGGACGGCAAAGUGCUGAACAAGACUGAUAUAGAGUCCAUGAAGAUUAAGAUGCUGCCGGGUUACAAAGACCCUUAUAAUGGUCGGCCCCUCACCAAGGGGGAACUCGGUUGUUUUCUCUCUCAUUAUAACAUCUGGAAGGAGAUCGUAGAUCGUGGUCUGCACACCUCCCUGGUCAUCGAGGACGACCUCCGCUUCGAGGUGUUCUUCAAGCGACGCCUCCAGACGCUGCUGCAGGAGCUGGCGACCUAUAAACUGGACUGGGAUCUCAUUUACAUUGGGCGGAAGCGGAUGCAGAUUGACCACCAAGAGAAGCCUGUACCAAACAUCCACAACCUGGUGGAGGCCGACUACUCCUACUGGACCCUCGGCUACCUGCUGUCCCUAAAGGGGGCCCAGAAGCUCCUCCUGGCCGAACCUCUGAACAAUCUGCUUCCUGUCGAUGAGUUCCUCCCUGUCAUGUAUGACAAACAUCCAGUGUCAGAGUACAUGGAGCGCUUUGAGAGCCGGGACCUGCGUGCAUUUUCCGCAGAGCCGCUUCUGGUGUAUCCAACGCAUUACACAGGAGAAAUGGGUUACAUCAGCGACACGGAAACAUCGGUGGUCUGGGACAACGAGACAGUCAGAACCGACUGGGACCGAGCCAGGUCGAGAAAAACUCAGGAGCAGGGGGAACUGAGCUCUGAGGCCCAAAACUCUGACGUACUGCAGUCUGAACUGGAAAACUGGAGCGCAAGGGACGAGCUGUGAGGAAGAGGAGGAGAGAAAACUCUGGCAAACAGAGAUAAGGAUGAGGGAAAUAGAACAAAGCUGUGAUCACUGGGGAAAUGGAUGAAAUGGAGAGAAUAUAACAAAAUAGAGAGGGGAAGGGGGAAAGGCAGAGUAGUCGAGCUCAGGGUGGGUGUGACAUAUGCUUUUCCCCAUAUAUUCCUCUCUCCAAUCUUUCUCCUAAGAAUUGUGAUGUAGUUGAAGAGUUAACUCUCGACGGGAAGCUUUUGUUUUAUUUAUUGCAUCCAACGCAUAUCCUUUAACCACAACCUGGUCCAAUGAUAGUUCCAUGUUUUGAAUAUAAAGUCCUACAGAGAAAAUAAAAGAAUACAUUGGAAUAAAUACAGUAUUAAACCCAACUCUUGAUAGCUCUAUAUGACUUCAAGUCACAUCAACUGCUGAAAGUAAAUGUGAAAGCUUUGGGUUUUAAAAAAAGAGCCUCUAAAAUACGAAAAAGUGAUUUUUAUCUGAUUUUAUACUAGGUUUUCAAGGCAGGAAACUGAAUCACUAAAAUGUUGCCUUUUCUAAACGGUGUAAUACUGUAAGUGGUUGAAAAGAAGCAAUGUUUAUUUGCAAUCGAUUAUCACCAGUUGUAUAUUUCUACUGGCUGUGAUAAAGUGUCCCCAAAGAGCCGGGAACCACGGCAUGUCUUCUUCUUCUACGUCUUGUGACUCCUAACACCCUGCUCUUCUUCAGUUUAGCUCGAGUGUUAUUUAAAUACGUUUUCUAAGUUUGCUACUUGUAUAUCUAUCAGUGUUUUCCUUUAUGUGCUAUCAAUCCUUUUCACACUUUGCCAGUAAGCUUUCAUGUUUCAUUGUUUUCCCGUCAGUUCAAACUUUUAGCUUUUGUAUCUUUUUGUUUGCAGACGAUCAGAAGAACAAAUGAAUAUAGAUCUUUAGUAACUUUUCUUGUUUGUGUGCUCCUCUAUGGUUUCACAGUGUGUCUUUUUUAACAAAAGAGUGAAUAAAGACUUUUUUUAAUGAU